GCAGUCUGAUCACUAUGGGACAGCGAAGCGGUGGGACAAAACCAUGCAGAUGAUAUUCCGGUAAAUUAGAUAUUCCGGUCUCUUUGGCUUCAGUGGCGCUGCCUGGAUGCAUGCAGACUAGCUGUGCAGUCUGCAGAUAAAUGUGGGCCAAAAUGUUCCUCGUGUUCUUCCUGGGACUCUACCUGGCGACAGGUGCGUUUCCCUCCUCGGCGAGUGCAUGCCCGUCGCAGUGCAGCUGUUUUUUUCACAACCUAAGUGAUGGAUCUAAGGCCAGGAGUGUCAUUUGCAACGACCCCGAGAUCUCCCUUGUGCCUGCCAGUAUCCCCGUGGACACGUCCAAGCUGCGUAUCGAGAAAACAGCCAUCCAACGGAUCCCAAGUGAAGCCUUCAACUACCUCCCCAAUCUGGAGUUCCUUUGGAUGUCCUUUAACGUGCUGUCCACUCUCAACCCGGACAGUUUCCGUGGGCUGCUAGAUCUGGAGGAGCUGCGACUGGAUGGGAAUGCCCUCACUGCGUUCCCCUGGGAGUCUCUUAUGGAUAUGUCCAGCCUCAGGCUGCUGGACUUGCACAACAACCGGUUGACUUCAGUUCCUGCAGACGCCACAAUGUAUAUAACAAACCUGACCUACCUGGAUCUGUCCAGCAACAACCUUCUGACUGUCCCGGCCGAGGUGCUAGCCACCUGGCUAACAGUUAAAUCUCCGCAUGGCCCAGAUAGCUCCAAAAUGAUACUUGGUCUCCAUGACAACUCCUGGGUGUGUGACUGCCGCCUGUACAACCUGAUCCAGUUUCAGAAGUCGCCAACACUCUCCGUGGCAUUAAUCGACACGCGUCUCCGCUGCUCCGCCCCCGAGAGCCUGUCAGGUGUUCUGUUCAGCGACGCCGAGUUGCGGAGGUGCCAGGCGCCGCGCAUUCACACAGCAGUGGCGCGAGUCCGCAGCGCCUUGGGAAACAAUGUGCUGCUGCGCUGCGGGACCAUUGGCAUUCCCAGUCCGGAUCUGGCCUGGCGGAGGGCGGAUGGGAAAGCCCUGAACGGGACAGUCCAGCAGGAGAACUCCAAGGAAGGCAUCGCCUGGUCAAUCCUCAGUGUCCCGGCUGUGUCCUACCACGACUCAGGGAAGUAUGUCUGCAAGGCCAAUAACUACGCCGGCAAUGCCGAGGCCGUCAUCUCCCUAGUUAUCUCCGAAGCACCCCCGAAACCCGACAACAACAACAACCUAACCAGCGUGGUUGCUGCUGCCGUAAAAAAAAACAAAGUCAAGAAACCCAAUGGGAUAGGGAAAGCAGCAUACCAGGAGAAACUGGUGGCUAGGGUAGGGGUUCCCACCACCAGCCCUCCACCCCCACUUGUUGUGUUGGACUCCAGCCCUGCGCCUGAGGGUGUGGGGAGUGUGGCAGAUAAAGCCACCCCUGGACCAACCACUUUGCCUAGUCCAGAUGGACUCCUGGAGCUGGAGAAAACCAACCUGAGCAACCUGGCCCAGGCCCAGUAUGACCCGGACAGGAUAGUUCGCUCUGUCAAGGUGUUGGGCGACACAGAGAACACCAUCACUCUGAACUGGCGGGCGCCCAAGGCCAAGAACACCACAGCCUUCAGCGUGCUCUACGCUGUCUUCGGCGAGCGGGACAUGCGCAAGAUCAAUGUGGCGGCGGGCCAGAAUCGCGUCUUCAUCGAGGGCCUGGUGCCCAAGACCAAGUACAUUGCUUGCGUUUGCGUCCGGGGCCUGAUCCCCAAGAAGGAGCAGUGCGUCAUCUUCUCAACCGAUGAGGCGGCCAGCGCAGCCGGCACCCAGAAGCUCAUCAACGUCAUCGUGAUCACGGUGGCGUGCGUCAUCGCCGUGCCGCUCACUGUCAUCGUGUGCUGUGGCGCACUCAAGAGGCGCAUCCAGAAGAUGUGGGGCAAGAAGUCCAAGGACAUCCAGGAUUCGUACGUGACUUUUGAGACGCUGUCCCCCGGGACCAAGGCUAAAGGGUUGGAUGGUGAGUACCUGACCAGACUCAACCCUGAGGAUUCCAACCGACUGCUGUCGGCCCGCUCCAGUCUGGACUCAGAGGCCACGGCUAAGAUAGAGGGACAGCCCAACGAGUACUUCUGCUGACAUCAUGCUCCAGCUCCCUCCCCAUGCUAUCACCCCCGCUCACACACUCUGGCUCAACACAGCCCCACACACACACCUCAUCUACAGCAUAGCCCCACACACACACCUCAUCUACAUCAUAGCCCCACACGUACGUCUCAUCCUCACUCACCUCACUCUCAUCACAGCCCCACGCACACGCCUCAUGCUCACCACAGCCCCAUACAUACACCUCGUGCUCACCAUAGCCCCACACACAAACCUUGUCCCCACACACCUAAUCCUUUCUCUCAACCUCAAAUUCAGCAAAGUCCCACAGACACACUUCGUCAUCACCACAGCCCCAUACACAAACUUCACACUCUCUCUGAGGUUCACCACAGCCCCACACACACACCUCGUCGAAAUGCUCACACUCACCACAGUCCCACACACACACCUCACUGUCUCCCUUUCACUUACGGUAGCCCCACACACAUAUCUGGUUCUCUCCCUUUCUCUCACCUUAGCCGCCCACAAACACACUCACACAGGGCACAGGACUCUCUCCCACCUCUCCACCCACGUUGGGCUCCACCACAUAGGGGGUUCUAUCAGAUGACGCUUGGACAAUGCACCAUCAUGGAAAUAUCAGUUUAAAGGAGUUCUGACAUUAAAUUAUUAAUAUUUUUUUUACAUCUGAAAUGUAUAGUAUUUCAACAGAGAAUUUGAAUAUUGUAAUGAGUUUUUACACAUAUGGGGAACUAUUAGUUUUAAAUGAACAAGCCCCCAGAGUAUUUCAUUCAAAUACAUUUAUCAUAGAUAAAGGACAAUUCCGCCCCUUUAUCAACAUUUAUUAUGCUGUUGGUAUAUAUGCACUACUGUAAGAUUUUAUACACAUUGUGAUGUUCUGUCAUUUUUGUUAGUCAUACUGCAUGAUUUCUAGUUAUUGUCAUUUUGAAGCUUCUGCAUUGCCCUCAUCUACAGCAUUCUACAAUUCCCAGGGUGCAUUUUGUCUCCCAUGAUGCAAUGCUUUGCCUAGUUAGCCUGCAGUUAGCUUAGCUAGCUUGCUAUCAAGCCCAGAUGCAUCUUAGUCUAAAUACUUUGCCCAUGUCAUAAGUUAUGAGUGCAUUUCACAUCAUUUUUGGGUUGUAAAUAUAUUAUAAUGGUUGCCUGAAUGUCAUAGGGGCCGAUUCUGACCAGAGAAAACGCACAUAAAUGGAAAGUAAAUCAAUUUUUAUGCACUUUUCUCUCUAUGCAUAUUCUGACCUUGACUUAAGCAUGAGAAUAGCAUGCUAUUUAUCCGCUAUAUAUUGGGGGUGGAGAUCAAAGAAAUUAAGGUGUUUCGGAGAUGUGUGUACAGAUAGAACAUAUUCUGACCUUGACAUAAUUCCCUCACAAUUCCAACACCUUUACACGCAAUGAAAUGAUGAAUAAGGACGAGCAACCUGUUGGUUCCAAGUGGAAAAUCUACUUAAAAACACCUUUCUCCAUGCACUGAAAUGUACAAAUUGAUAAGAGCUAUUGAUAAGAGCUGAGUAAAUGAUUAAGUCGUUUGGAUAAGGGGAUUGUAAAUAUAAAUUACAAUUGUUUCAGAUAUAUUUUACCUUAUGAUCACUGGAGACAAAUGUGAAACCAGUCAUAUGGCAGAAAACUGAAGCAUAUUAACAUACUGUAACACCUUUUCCACAGUGAAGUGUAUGAAAUGCUGGCCUUAUAAUUUGGGAUGAAAUUUGGAGACCCAAGCUAUAGAUUUCUGUAGCCAUGUACAAAUGACAGUAUAGCGCCAAACCUAACGAGUUCAUUUAUGAGUUCUAGAAUGUUUUAAUUAUAAUGACAGUAUAGCGCCAAACCUUCCCGAGAUCAUUUAUAAAUUCUAGAAUGUUUUAAUUAUAUGUCUGGACUUUUCAAUGUAUUUCUUACAAUUUGUAUCAUGUUAAAUAUUAGCCACUAUUGGUAGCCACCAUCAGUUAUACCCACAUACGUUCAUAACUGUCACUGACUUUAGUCUUAAUUUCCUUGCAUUUUGAAUCAUUCCAUUGCAUAGUUAGUUUAACUUAAUUUCCUCCGUGUUUGCCUGGUUGUUACUGAGCGUCAUUAGUGGAUGAUAUUAGGCUAAUGUAUUACAAGUUGUGCAUUAAUUUGGGACAUAUAGCCUAUUUGAAUCAUUAUGGAACACAGACCUUAUGUAGCAGUUUAAACCUGGAGCAUGGUUCAUGACGACUCGACCGUUGACAUCACAGUUCCAUGAUUAGUGAGGAAUAUUAGAGUACAUUUAUAGGACUACUGUUCAACUAUUGUACACUUUUCUAACCUUCUAAUAUUAAUUGGAUUGAACAAUUGAAUAUGGCAACUUUCAGGAUGAAU